AUGGUUAUGUCUUCCAACAGAGUCGAACAUUUUUCCGACCAUGCAUGCCACCACCACCACCACCACGAAACCGCCGUUACAAUUCCAUAUGAAAAGGCGGCGGAAGAAGUGGUGCACCGAGUUUGCAUGCCGCCGGAGAAAACCACCCUACAGAAACUCCGGCACCGGCUUUCCGAGAUCUUUUUCCCGGACGACCCGCUUCAUAAGUUCAAGAACCAAACUUGGAUCAAUAAGUGCGUGCUCGGCUUGCAAUUCUUCUUCCCCAUUUUCCAGUGGGCCCCUAAUUAUAGUCUCAAGCUCUUGCGAUCCGAUUUCGUGUCCGGACUCACCAUUGCCAGCCUCGCAAUCCCACAGGGAAUUAGUUAUGCCAAGCUUGCAAAUUUGCCUCCUAUAAUUGGCCUUUAUUCAAGUUUUGUGCCACCAUUGGUAUAUUCGGUUCUUGGGAGUUCAAGACAUCUUGGGGUUGGCCCGGUUUCAAUUGCUUCUCUGGUGAUGGGUACAAUGCUAAGCGAGGCGGUUUCUUUUACCACUGAACCGAAUUUGUAUCUUCAGUUGGCUUUCACGGCCACUUUCUUCGCCGGAGUAUUUCAAGCAUCUUUGGGAUUGUUAAGGUUAGGAUUUAUAAUUGAUUUUCUCUCAAAAGCAACACUGGUUGGAUUCAUGGCUGGUGCAGCAGUCAUAGUAUCACUGCAACAACUAAAAGGGCUACUCGGAAUUGUUCAUUUCACAACCAAAAUGCAAAUAGUUCCUGUAUUAACAUCUGUCUUCAACAAUACGGACGAGUGGUCUUGGCAAACCAUCGUAAUGGGAGUUUGCUUUCUUGGUCUCUUGCUGAUCACAAGGCACAUGAGCAUGAGAAAUCCGAAGCUUUUCUGGAUUUCAGCAGCUUGUCCAUUAGCUUCUGUUGUUCUAUCAACUCUUUUGGUUGUUCUGUUCAAGUCAAAACUUGGUGGGAUCAAAACAAUUGGACACUUGCCUAAGGGACUGAAUCCACCAUCAUCAAACAUGUUAUACUUUAGUGGCCCUUUUCUUGCAGUUGCCAUUAAAACUGGCAUUGUCACGGGAAUAUUGUCCUUAACUGAAGGAAUUGCGGUUGGCCGGACUUUUGCAGCAUUGCAGAACUACCAAGUUGAUGGUAACAAAGAAAUGAUGGCCAUUGGUUUCAUGAAUAUGGCUGGGUCUUGCUCUUCCUGUUAUGUUACCACAGGAUCAUUUUCUCGAUCUGCUGUCAAUUACAAUGCUGGUGCUAAAACUGUUGUUUCAAAUGUGAUAAUGGCAGCAGCAGUGCUAAUCACUUUGUUGUUUCUGAUGCCACUGUUCUACUAUACUCCAAAUGUCAUCCUGGCAGCUAUCAUAAUCACAGCCGUGAUUGGCCUAAUUGAUUAUCAGGCAGCAAUUCAACUGUGGAAAGUUGACAAACUCGAUUUUGUGGCUUGCUUGUGCUCCUUUCUCGGCGUUCUCUUCAUCUCUGUGCCUAUCGGCCUUGCAAUCGCUGUUGGAGUUUCAGUGUUCAAAAUUCUUCUGCAUGUUACCAGACCAAACACACUUGUGUUGGGGAACAUUCCCGGGACUCAAAUUUAUCAGAACAUCACCAGAUACAGAGAAGCUAUUAGAGUUCCGUCCUUCCUUAUACUAGCUGUUGAAGCUCCUUUCUACUUUGCAAAUGCCACUUACCUACAAGAAAGGAUUUUGAGAUGGGUUCGGGAGGAGGAAGAGAGAAUACAGGAAACCAACGGCAGCGAUCUGAAAUGUGUGAUUCUGGAUAUGACAGCCGUGACAGCCAUAGACACAAGUGGUAUUGACACUGUGCGGGAACUCAGGAAAGCUUUGGAGAAACAAUCACUUAAACUUGUGUUGGCGAAUCCGGUUAGCAGUGUCAUGGAAAAGCUGCAUCGGUCGACAAUCUUGGAGGAUUUUGGAUUGGAGGGAUUAUAUCUUACCGUCGGCGAAGCCGUGGCGGACAUAUCAUCAUCAUGGAAACCUUGA